AUGCAUCCGUCGGCUGACUUUGACUCGGGCUCCCUCAAAUCUUUCACAGUCUCCAGUUCACAGUAAGUUACCAUCGUCCUCUUUCUGUUUCGAUUCUCAUCAUUUAGCACCAAUUUGGAUACCCGCAAAUCCAACUGGACUUCAUUAUGGUUUGCCAAUCUGAUACAGUACUUCUGUGGCCUUCAGAUGUCGCUUUACUUCACCUCCAUGUGGCCGUAUCUUCUGAAAGUGAGCAUUUCUCCAAGUCUUCCAAUGAACUUCUGAAGUUUCAGUUAGAUCCAACAGCCGAGCUUCCCUUCUUCGGCAUCAUCCUCGCCAGUUUUAGCAUAGGUCAAGCGGUCGGAUCUCCAAUUUUCGGCACGUGGACCCAGAAGACAGAGUCGUUCAAAGUGCCAGUUGCCACCGGACUCGUCUUUUGUUGCAUAGGUAAGAAGUUCUGUGAAUGAUCAUAUAACAAUGAAAAAGUAUUGCAGGAAACAUUCUCUACGGCAUUUUGCCAACAAUUAACUGGGAAGUUCAAUGGUUGAUGCUGAUUUCGCGAGUGCUAAUCGGAUUCGGAGCAGGAAACCUGUCUGCUCUCCGAGCUUAUGUGGCUGCAAGUUCGACUUUGGAGGACAGGAAUACGGCUGUGUCUCUGGCCACAGGCAGUCAGGUCACUGGAAUGCUCACCGGCCCGAUUCUGCAGGUGAGAGGAGAGGAAAAAGAAAAAAAACAUGCAUGUUUUCUCAUGAUAAGAAGUACUUUCAAUCUGAUGUUUACCAACUGGACUGUUUUCCCUUCCACUUUCCAGACGGCCUUUGCAUUCAUCGGAGAUGGUGUUCGUGUCUUCAACGCCAUCGACUUGGACGCCUACACCUCGCCCGCGUUUGUCAUGGCCAUCGUGCUCGCGGUCAUGUCUGUCAUGAUCUUCUUCUAUUUCUCCGAAGAAUACGCCGGAGUCAUAGACGAGAAGAAGCCGGACUCGGACGUCGUGAUUCCUCCGUUUGACCGUCGCGCGGCGAUUGCCUGCAUUUACCUGUGGUUCGUCAUCCAAACGAUCGCCGUCAACAUCGAAUCGCUGUGCUCCGUCUUCACAAUCGCCAUGUACAACUGGACUUCGCACCAGGCCAUCGUGUACGGAGGCUACAUCGAAACGUGCUCGUGUGCUCUUUCCGUAUCUCAAUAUCUUCUGAUCGGAUUGACACGGAUCGGCAAAAUGUGAGUUUGUCGUUACAAUUUUUUAAAAAGACUUUUGACUCGUGAAUUUGUUCAGUGACAAACGAAUCCAAAUUCUGUUUGGAUGCAUUGUUUUCUCUAUUUAUUACGUCGUCCUUCUGCCCUGGCCGUUCUACUCGGAAAGUCUUCUUUACAAUCCAAACGGUAAUCGCAUCGCAUAUUGCAUGCUCCAGAAUCCAAUAUUUUUCAGUGACCGACGGUGCUUGCACUUACGAAUGGUGUCAAUACGUUCCAAAGUGAGACUCAUCUACCUUACCACGUUAAACGAGUGAUUUCAGAAUCCCUUUCAUCGCCUACAUUCUCGUCUACGUUCUCUGCUUCGGAAUUGCCUUUCCGUACAUUGGAAACUCUAUCGGAACGCUCUUUUCGGAAGUGCUCGGACCCCGCCAACAGGGCACAAUGCAAGGAGUUUUCGCCUUUUUCGGAAGCGUCGGAAGGUGUCUGGCUCCAUUGGUUACAACGUCAGUCACAUCCCAUUCUCCGCCCAAAUACCUCAUAUUUCAUUUUCAGGUUCUUCUUCAACUCUUCGGGAUACACAUGGGUCAGUGUGGAGAUGCUCUCCUUCCUCGUCCUCGGCGCCGUUUCCACGUGUUUCUUCUGGAAACGAAUGGUUCCUCUUCAGCUGAUUCAAGUGGACAAGGAGAGUAUCACAAACAACAAUCAGAAAGUGUGA